AUGGGGCGCCUCGCCAAACUUUGCCGGAGCCGGCCAUGCGUUGGGUCCACUCCGUUGGCGCCGAAUGCAGGCCGCGAAGGGCAUGGGGCGUUUGAACGUUUGAAGCAAACAAGUGACUUGGCCCUGGGCGGAUUGGCCUUGGCCUUUGGUGCUGCUUAUUUGCCACAGGUUGGACGGUUUCGUUACUAUGCCAACCGAGGGGAAGAGGCUCUCGGACGGAACUGCCAACCGGGUGCUGUUGACCCCAACGGCAAAAUCUUGGAAGAUGAGGAUCCUCUUGACAAAAAUCAACAAGUUCAUUGGGAGCCUUCAUGUGGUCCCAAAGAGGACCUGAUCUUCAGCUACUUCGACACCUUCGGCGGCGCUCAGAUGCCCACCUUGGGCUCCGAAGCUGUGCUGCGGCUGAUGGAUCGAGAUGUGACGAAUAUCUACGACCACAAACGUGGCUUAGAGGAGCGCCUCAGGGAGUUUGGCUGCGCAGGUGCUAAUGGCCCCUUUGCUGCGACCUACUUCACGGCUGAGGAAGCCUUGCAGGCCACCGACGACGUCGGUUCCGACGUCGAUUCCGACGUCGGUUCCGCGCCGCUCUUCUUCGCCAAGCUGCCCGAGCAGAGCGGCGGCCGCGGGAUCCAAGUGCUGCGCCGGGAGGACUUAGCGGAAAGUGCCCGUUCCGAAUACGUCUUUCAGCGCGCGAUCCAGGACUUGGAAUUGAUUGAUGGCCGAAAGUUUGUGGUGCGCUUCUUUUUUUGGGUCUAUCAGGGCAGCAUCUACCUGCACCAGCACGGCGUUCUGAUAGUGCACGGCGCCAGAUACGAUGCCAACAGCGUGGAAGCAGCGGUGCAGUUUCAACACGACUGGUAUGACAAUGACUCCGAGACCUAUUUGUUGACCCUGCAGUCUUCCGACCAGGCGUCCCACUGGCGCGGUGCCAUCGCCCAACGUCUGUUGGAGGCGGCGCCUGCGCUGGAGCCUUUGCUGCGCCAGACGCGACAGCAGCGGAAGUGCUACACCUUGGUUGGAGGAGACGCCUUGAUUCAGAGUAACGGAGAUGCCAAGCUGAUCGAGCUCAACAUGCGGAAACGUGCUGUUGCCCUGCUGGACCAGUACGCUUUAGGCGAAACUGAGAUUGCCACAGUCCCCAUUUCAAUCAUGAACGUGCGUGAGCCCAGCCAGGAUUUCUACAAGUCCUACCUGACUGAAGGUGGCUAUCGUGAGAAAAGGUUUGUCCAACUAGGGGCAAAGGAAGGCAUUUCAGAACAGAGAGCACUUCGAUCUUUGAACGAUGGCAAGGUUCCACUGGAUUUUUCCUUCAUCGACCUGCACCCAAAAAAGGGUUUGUCGGAGGAGAUGGUGCAAUGUGACAACAACACCAAGUUCUUAUUGGCAUGGCUACCUGUGUUUGCUGUGGACCCGCCAACUGAGAAAGAAUGCAAGGAAGUUCUGGCGAAAGUAGCCCAAGACCAACGGAUGACACUUUCGAAAGACAAAGAAGACAUUGGAGACUGGUGUCGGACCGAAGGCAACUUGCACAGAGCAUUGGCUUCAAAAGUGCUAAGUGCCUACUCAAGGACAGAAAAAACAAGGUCCCAAGGCAGCAACAUGCACAAGCUGAAGAAACUGGUUUCUUUGAUCUUCAAGGAUGCCGGUGUUGUGAAACGCACCAAAUCGAUCAGAAGACCUUUGGAGGCCCCCGACAAGAAGCCACAAGGAACAGAACAGAAGGAUCCAGAAGGAACACUAAAGAAAGAUCUGGAAAAAGUGGAAAAGGAUAACAAGGCUGAACCAUCCCAGCUGGAUGACAAUGUAGAAGAAGUUGAACUUUUGAUAGAGGAAGGAGAGGAAGAGGAAAAUAUGACAGAUGAUGAAGAAACAGAGCCAACCCCUGCCCCAGUAGCACGUGAACUUUUUCCACAAGGCCCCGUCAAAGUUGGAGAGGAUACAGCCAAGGUAGAAGCCCCAAAGGAGGUUGAACCGAGAAAAGUAGAAAAAAAGGUGGAAGAAAAGGUACCAAAGGAGCCAAGGCAAGCGGAGGCAACAGGAAAGCCCUUGGAAAACAGCAACCCAAAGGAUCCGGAGUUGACAAAGGGUGGCAAAGUUGAAGCGGAAAAAGAAGAUGUCCAGAAGAAGCAUGGCAACAAGAACGGCAGGGAUACACACUCGAAGGGUGAUACCCUCUCAAAGGAGGCUACAGAUGCGAAGCAGGUAAGUGCAACAGACGAGAAGAAGAACACGGAGGCACUUGAGACUGCUCAAGCCUUAGCGUUGGGUCUCCAGGAAAUUUUAGCGGACUGCACCAGAGAGAAUAAACCCAAGAUCUUGAAGAUGAUCAAUGGAAUUUUGGGUUCAGAACCAACUUCAGUAGAUUCACUACCUGGAAAGCGAAAGAACGAGUUUGCAGAACCCAAAGCCCAAAAGAACUUAAAGGCCGCAAAAUGCCCAGAGGAAUUGGAAAACGAAAACGCUGGUGAAGCUCCCGAGCCCGAUGCAGCAGCAGCAGCCUAUGCAGAUACCAAGCCGCUAGUCCCUGAAGUUCCCGACCUUGCUCAGUCUGACAACAUUAAGCCACCCGAUGCCGAUGAUGUUGACACAAUUCGGAAACAGCUGGAAGAGCAAAGACUCCUCAGAGCGAUGAACAAGGAGAAGAGCGCACAGAAACCUGGCCCCAAAAAGGCAUCUAAGAAGUCAAAGGCAGCAAAAAAGGAUCGGGAGGUUGAUGAUGAGAACAAUGGAGAUGAGGCAGAAGAUGAAAUGCAAACAGCCUUGGACGAACAGGACAAGGUUAUGAAGACAGAAAGGGAGACAGAAGAUAAUGAAAAGCAACCACGCCGUGGCCGUGGCAGAGGCAAAGGUCGUGGCCGCGGCAGAGGAAAAAAUACUCAGAAGCGAAAGGAACCAGAGCAUGAACAGGACAAUGGAAAUGAUGCUGAGAACCAACCGGAGGAAAAAAAACAAAAGGCUGAAAAGACACGUGCAGGAGAACAUGAAGAUAAGCAAAGCGAAGAAAAACCAAAGGAAGUUGACAACAAAGAGAAUGCAAAGGAAGGAGAAAAGGAAGGAGACAACGGAGAGAAGGCAAAGGAAGGUGAAAACGGAGACGGAGAGAAAAGAAAGGAAGGAGACAAGGAAGAGGCGAUGAAAGUAGAAAGUAACCAAGAACAGCCAGGAGAUUCAGGAGGUGCCCCGGCACAGGAGGCAGAGGAUGAGGCAGAGAGAGCAAGACUGGAGGAGAUCGAAGAAAGGAGAAAAGCAGCACAUGCGAGGUAUAUGCGAUACUUCAGAAAUGUGCGAAAUCCUUCGACACCACCUGAACUGAGAAAGAUGGCGCAGGCUGCCCAUGGCAGCAAAUCUAUGAACAGUAUCUUGUACGAUGCCUGGGCGUCGUGCAGUGAGGGCCAAUGGGGGAAGAGCAAGUUUCUUGUUUCCAUCAGGGAACGCCACUCGACAACCCGUCGAGGGGUCCGCAAGUGGCUGACUGCUCCUGAAAUGGACACUCGCUUUGGGGCAGAGAACGGAAACCUUAUCAGAAAUCGGAAGCUCCUUGACCCUGAAUUGAAAGAACGUGAGACCAGAGAACACCCCGAGCUGCCAGGGAACCAGGAGAUGAUGCAGUUUUUGACCCUUGUUGAUGAUGCCCAUGAAGAAAGCCACGAAGAAGAACUUGACAAGCUGUACCAAAGUUUGGAUGAGUCGGACUCGUCCAGUUCGUCCUCGUCUUCGUCUGAUAAGAAGAAGAAGAAAAAGAAGAAGAGUAAGAAAGACAAGAAAGAAGACAAGGCAGAAAAGGAACCAGAAAAGAAACCCAAAAAGAAAAGCAAAAAAGCAAAGAAAAGCAAGAAGGUCAAACAGGAAUCCAAAGAGCCGACCGCAGAAGAAGAGCAGAAAAAACAUGAUGCCGAGAUAAAAAAGAAACUCCUCAAGACAGCGAAGAAGGCCUUGAGUGACGCCAGCAGCAAGAUCAAGUGGGCCCUUGACCUGAAGCCGAAUCUGUCGUCGCUGAGUGAUCGCUACGCAAGCUCUGUGAAAGAUGACGUGGAAGAAAAGGUGUCCAAGCUAGAGGAUUGCCGGACGACCCUGCAAAAAGCUGUGGAAAGUUCCGAGGUUACAGAGGCCAUGGUGGAUGAUUGUGGGAAUGCCCGCAAGGACCUGGAGAUGGCCUGUGAACCAUUGAAGAUGAAAAAGCCAAAAAAGGCUUCCAAGUAG